AUGCCUAUCCAAAGUGACCCAAAGGAUCACUUAAAUUCAAAUGAAGUAUUAUCAGAUGGGGAUGCAGACAUAAGUUGGGAAGAAGCAGCGACUUCCUUAUUGACAGAACUUGAGAAUUCCUCUUUUACUUCUCCAGCCGCUUCAAAGGUACCUAACACCGAAUCGCCAGUAUUGCAAGAACAUUUUAACGAAAAUUCGAAACAAAGCAUUCAACCGACAUUGGAAGGCAAAAUAGCACGGGAUUUGACCUUCACACCAAGAUUAGUAACAGAAUAUGAACAAGAGAACUAUUGGGAAAGAGAUAUGGAAGCUUUGAAUGACUGGGUUUAUCCCGAAAUGGAUGAAUUUCGUGAAUACCAAAGGUGCUUUUGCGAAACAGCUUUUUACCACAACCUUUUGUUAGCAUUACCCACAGGCCUAGGGAAAACAUUCAUUUCAGCUGUCGUGAUGCUUAAUUUUUACCGCUGGUUUCCUACCGGAAGAGUGAUAUUUCUUGCACCUACAAAGCCUCUUUUGCAACAGCAGCGAACUGCCGUUGUUGAAAUUACGGGAGUACCGGCACAUAAUACAUCUGAAUUGAAUGGAAAUAUCUCGGUAGAGACUCGACUUAAAGAGUACCACGCGAAACGUAUUUUCUUCAUGACUCCGCAAACUCUAAAUAAUGAUUUACAAUCUGGUUUGAUCGAAGCGACAAGCAUAGUUUGCUUGGUCAUUGAUGAGGCGCACAAGGCUACAGGCAGUCAUCCUUAUGCCCAAGUCAUUCGAGCUAUUCUCAAGUAUAAUACUCACUUUCGAGUUUUAGCUUUAACCGCAACUCCUGGUUCUACAACCGCAGCUGUACAAAAGGUCAUUGACUGCUUGCAUAUAUCAAAAGUUAUUGUUCGUAACGAGGAAAGUGUGGACAUUCGGCCGUAUGUUUUCCAUAAGAAUAUCCAAGUUGUCAAAGUUGAACUUACUCGUGACAUGCAAUACUUGAAAGCCGAUUUUGCAGAUAUGUACUUUCCAUAUUUUGACUGUCUUCGAAAAAAGAAAGUAAUUCCGUCUACUUGUGAUCUUAGAAAUUUGAAAGCCUACGUUCUUUUGCUGGCUUUAAGGAGAUAUUCUUUUAGAGAAAAGGAUAACCAAGAUAAAGAAAAAUUGAAAAUAUUUGGGUACUUCAAAUUGCUCAUUACUUGUGCUCAUGCUAUGUAUCUGCUAGACUGUCAUGGUAUCAUUCAAUUUUACCAGAAGCUUCAUGAGAUACGGACAGCAACAGAGGAAAAAAAGACUGGAGAGCUAUAUCAUUUAUUUUCAAGCAAUCCAUUCGUAUUUUAUUUAAAUCAUUUGCAAAGUAUCAUUGCUAAUGACCGUUUUACGAAUCAUCCGAAAAUUACGCACCUUUCUGACAUUCUAAGAGAACACUUUCAGCACGCGAUUCAGCAGACCAGCAAUUCUAGAGUUAUGGUUUUUACAGAAUAUCGUAAUACGGCUGAACAAAUACUGAAAGCCUUUUCAAACGAGAAGCCUCUUAUAAGAACUUCUCUGUUCGUUGGCCAAGCGAAUUCUAUGGUGUCUGCGGGAAUGAGUCAAAAUAUCCAGAAAGAAAUUAUUUGUCAAUUUAAAUCCGGUGUUAUUAACGUUUUAGUUGCUACUUGCAUUGGUGAAGAGGGCUUGGAUAUUGGGGAUACAGAUAUGAUCGUUUGCUACGAUACUUCUAGCUCACCUAUUCGUAUGAUUCAAAGAAUGGGAAGGACUGGUCGUAAAAAAGAUGGAAAGGUCUAUAUCCUUGUGACCAAAAAUUAUGAGGAUUUGAAAUGGGAAAGAGCGAAGGCUUCAUAUAAAAGAGUUCAAAAAGUAAUUGAAAAUGGGCAAAAACUAAGACUAAAAAGCGAUGUUCCUCGUUUACUUCCCCCCGCUUGUAAUCCAACAAUCAGAUUUCAGAAAUUAAACACACUUCAUCAUCAGUCCUUUGUUGGUUUAACUGAGAUGGUUAAACAAGAUGAAUUACGAGUUGAACCUCCCGGUUCACAACCAAGACGCCAAUUACCUUCAAUUGUCGAUGAUGCGUUUGAGGAUAUGAAAAGCAAUCUUAGAACACCUACGUCUGAAAUCAACCUGAGAAGAUACUUAGCGGAUUAUCGAAGUACUGUUUAUCAUGCCAAUGGAUCUUCCAUAAAUCUAAAAAAAUCAGCCAUAGUCUCCAAAGUCAAAAAUUCCUUCAAAGUUGGUAAUAAGUCUUUACUUGGCUUUCAAAUAUCGGCUCUUCAAACGAAGUUUAAGAGUUGUUCUAUUAAAGAGAUACAACGGUACAAAACGUAUGAAGAAAAAUGGAAGCGGAAGAAAAGAAAACUUAUCUAA